AUGUCAUUCGCGACCUUGAUCCACCGCAAAACCAACCGAAUCACUCUCGUCCUCGUCUACGCUUUCCUCGAGUGGUCUCUCAUCUUCUUCAUUCUUCUCAACUCUCUCUUCUCUUAUUUCAUCCUCAGAUUCGCCGAUUACUUCGGUCUCAAGCGUCCUUGCCUAUUCUGCUCCAGGCUCGACCGAUUCUUCGACGCCUCCGGUAAACCUCCUUCCCACAGAGAUCUCCUCUGCGAUGAUCACGCUCUCGAGCUAUCCACAGUACGCUCGAAGCCUGUCGAAUCUAAUGGUUUUGGAGAAGCUUGCUUCUCCUCCGAUGAUUUGGUCGAUCGUGGCGUAGAGAAGACUGCUUCGUCGUGCUGUGCUCGGAUCGAGCCUGAUUUUGGGGAUAUAGGUUAUAGCUUUAAUCCGAUCGGAGAUGAUGUUCAAAUCCACAAUGGCCAGUUUUUCAUCGGACGGUCCCGAUCUGUCUUCGCCUUGGAAGAAGAAAACGUAGGAUCCGUGCAUUUGAUCGAUUCUCAGGAAGAAAGCUAUACAAAGGGCGGAGAAGAAACAGAGGAGGAGAAGCUUGAUGAACAAAGGAAAGAAGAAGAGAAUUCAGUAAUCGAAAUUGUUACCCAAUCUCCUGAAAAAUUAGAAGAAGAGGAAGUUCAUAGCGAUUCUACGGAUGAUGAUGAUGAUGAUGUUGAUGAUGUUGAUGAUGAGGAGUUCUCGUGCUAUGUAUCGAGUUUCGACUGUAACAAAGAAGUUAAAACGGAAAAGGAAGAAGAAAGGAAAGUGGAUCUGGCUAUGGAGGCUGAAAUCGCUGAGGAAACGGAUGAUAAAUCCGCGCCGCCGCCGCCGCCGCCGAAAAACCUCGAGUUCUACAUUGACGACCAGGACUGCCAUUUGAUUCCAGUCGAAUUCUACAAACCGAGCGAGGAAGUUCGGGAAAUCUCCGACAUUAACGGAGACUUCAUCCUCGAUUUCGGCGCUGAAGAUGAUUUCGCGGCGGCGGACGGGGGAUUAUCCUCCGGGGAAAUCUCCGCGUUUGCCUCGCCGGAGGAAACGAAACCGGACGAAUCUGGGACGAAUCAAGGUGCCUUGGAGUUCUUCGGUAGAUGAUGACGAUUUACAGCAAAUGCAGAACGACGAAGAAACAGACGCAGAGGUCUCUAUAGGCACAGAGAUUCCUGAUCACGAGCAAAUCGGAGAUAUCCCAUCCCACGAACUCAUUCCUCACGACGAUGACGACAACCAUCAUGAGAAUGAUACUUUGGAGUUCAGAACAAACGAAGAGCGGCUUCUUGAAUCUUCAGGCUCGAUGGAAAGCUUGCACAGUCUACACAACGCUAUGUUUCACUUAGACCGAACAGGAUCACUUGAAAAUACCGAAUGUCCUGAAGGAGUACUCACCGUGGACAAGCUGAAGACGGAGUUAGAAGAAGAGAGGAAAGCGCUUAACGCAUUAUACGAGGAGCUGGAGGAAGAGAGGAGCGCGUCAGCGACUGCUGCAAACGAAACGAUGGCGAUGAUCAAUAGGUUGCAUGAGGAGAAGGCGGCGAUGCAGAUGGAGGCGUUGCAGUAUCAGAGGAUGAUGGAAGAGCAAUCCGAGUUCGAUCAAGAAGCGUUGCAGCUGUUGAAUGAGGUUAUUGUGAAACGGGAGAAGGAGAACGCCGAGCUGGAGAAGGAGCUAGAGUUGUAUAGAAAGAGGUUGGAGGAGUAUGAAGCUAAAGAGAAAAUGGGGAUGUUGAGGAGGAGGAUGAGAGAUUCCUCCGUUGAUUCGUAUAGAAACAAUGGCGAUUCAGAUGAGAACAACGGUGAGUUACAGCGCAAGAGCGUUGACGGAGGAGUCUCGGAUUGCAAAUAUAGUGAGAAUCAUGAGAUGGUGAACACGCCUGUCGAUGUUGUGCUUCGUCUUGAUGAGUGUUUAGAUGAUUACGAAGGAGAGAGGCUUUCGAUUCUUGGGAGACUGAAGUUUCUUGAAGAGAAACUCACAGCACUGAAUGAUGAAGAGGACGAGGAGGAUGAAGAGGAAGUUAAAACGUUUGAGAGUAAUGGUAGCGUUAAUGGAAACGGGCAUUUUCACGGCAAGGAGGCAAACGGGAAGCACAGAGUAGUCCUCAAGUCAAAGAGACUACUUCCACUAUUCGACGCCGUCGAUGGAGAGAUGGAAAACGGAAACCACUACGAAAACGGGGUUGAUGAAUCGGAGGAGAAAGGUGAGAUUGUAACUGUGGAAGAAGAAGUGGAUGAGCUUUACGAGAGACUAGAAGCUCUAGAGGCAGAUAGAGAGUUCUUGAGGCAUUGUGUCGGUUCAUUAAAAAAAGGGGACAAAGGUGUACAUAUCCUCCAUGAGAUUCUGCAACAUCUACGUGAUCUCAAGAAUAUCGAUCUUAUUCGCGUCAGAGAGGAUGAAGACAUGGCUCUUUUUCAAAAAAAAGAAAAUGAAGACAUGGCUUUUUGAGUUUGAGUUCGAGUUCAGGUUCACUCUAUGCAUAUGGUUGACAUGAACAGAACAAAUCAUACAGGUCAAGGAGUGACUUGUGUUGCUUGAGAGACAAGGAACAACAAGAAGGUCUUAUAUGAAGAAGAAAACGCCAUAAAAGUGUCAGAUAAAGUAUGAAGUAUAUUCUCAGACGAAAAAAAAGUGUCAGAUGAGAAUGUCCGUAUUUCUUCGUUUUUUUAUUAUAUAAGUUUUGUUAUUUUUUUUUUAUAUAUACAAACUGAAGAUUUAUUUUAGAAAGAGGGGUGUGUCAGCAUAAUUUCACUUUGUUUUUGUCUUUAUGAGUGGUAAUAGAAAGAAAGAAAAAAGUAUAAUGAUGAGUGUAUGUGAGUGUAGUGUAGUGUAGUUGAGUAGUAAGGUGAGAUGUUGCUAUAAAAAAAGCCAAAGGCAAGCUGUCGAUUUCUUGGAUGUUUGUAUUGUGGCAGAGCUUGGAAUGAUUUCUACCAAUAUGCCAGCUCUAAUGUACAUAUGUUUUGGACUCUUUUGUACAUUUGAGAACUUUCAGGGGGAGUUUAGAAUUAUUUGUUUUUAGGUGGGGUAAGUAACCUCUCUUCAGUUGUAAUUUUCUUUCUUUCUUUCUAUCUUUGGGUUGCAACUUUGUAGCAGUUACGCAUGUACUCGUUUUUUUUAUUUGUAUUGGUUUUUUUAUUUGUGUCUUUUAUAACUGUUUGUGUUUAGAGAAGGAGUUGUAAAUUGUAAUGCAAGUUAUCCUGAGAUUGGUAUGGAUUCGGUUCUAAGCAAUGUAUUAAUUUGGUUGGUAGCUCAACAAA